AUCACAAUAUUAAUGUCUUUAUUUGUAAUACCUAUUUUAUUAAAUUUUUUCAAGUCUUUCAACAUUAUGUUUUGAACAAUGAACAGUACCAAAUAACUUUAUGAAAAUUAAAAAUUAUAACUAAAUUUGAAAAUCAUAACUAAAUUCAUUUAUUACAAUAUAUAUAUAAAAAAAAAAAAAAAUAUCUAAAAGACUGUAAAUAAAAACAUCAUAAUAAAAGCAGCUUAUUAAAUAUUAUAAAUCAUGAAAAAUAUUUUUGUUGGUAUUUUUUUUAUUUUUAUAACAGAUCAUACACAAGCUCUUGACGUAGUUUCUCUAAAAAUUGGUGUUCAAUAUUUUGAGUAUGGAUAUAUACCAACUAAAUUUUUAGAUAAACCAUUGUAUUCAUGUGUCCAGGCUAAUUUAGCAGAUGGUGAAUCUCUUUGGUACUGGAUUGAUUAUGCAAAGCACUCUGUGCUAAAUCUAAAAUAUGAAACAUGGAAAUUGUUAUGGACGAAAACACACCUCGAUAGUGAUGUUGUUGACUCAUGUUUUUCUCUUCCAGAACCACAGCAACGAUUUACAAUGUACUUGAAUGCAACAACAAAUUUAACCGCCGAUUUAAAUAAACAUAGAGCUUUCGAUGUAAUUCCUGGAAUAUAUAUUGGAGAUUUAAGAGACUUUCACGUAAGUAAGAACAAAGAAAAAAUUUGGCCUGAUUCAAAUCGAGUGCCAGGAUAUCUUCAGAGUGAUUAUCGAUGCACCGACGUGUAUAAAAUUGCUGAAAAUGAUAUAGUUACGAUUCGUUAUAACAUAGAUCAUAUGCCUGAUUAUAUUCACAAACUCACAGUACAAGAAGAUACCCACCUAUAUCCACUUUCUAAUUGGGAACCAUUUAGUCCAGAAUAUAUCAUUAAUGAAGAAUUAACUACAGAUGGACCAUCAGUUGCCACAUUUAAAGCUUGGAAAGAUUUAAAAAUACGAAUUUUUUAUUAUACUUUUGUUAAGAAUCAUAUUUAUGAACCUGUAACGUUUAAUUUUCAAUUCACAGUUAGUACCCACUAUAUUGAUACUGGAUUAACAAGUCCUGAAACUAUUAUUGAACCAGUUGUAGAUCGUUUGACAACAUCAAUUCUUUGUCCACGUCAAUAAAUCAAAUAUUAUUUUAUCAGUGUCGAAUAUUAAAUAACGAUUAUACCUAAAAAUAUUAAUUUAAACAUUUAUUUUUGUCUGAAUAAAACCAACGGUUGGUCUUUAAAUUUAUUUUUAAUUUCAAUAUUCAUUGAUAUGUUCCAAUAAAUAUGAAUAAGUUUAUCAAUUGAGAAAAAAAUGAUUCAAAACAAAAAUACCAAUGGAGACAUUUAUUACUCAAUACAAUAUAAUUUUUUAAGUGAAAUUAUUAAUUUAAAUGAUAUGUGGUUUUGUAAAAAAUUAUAAAAAUUAUUCCAAUUAGACAAAGAAAAAAAGAAGGAUAUUUUACUUUAAAACAUAAUAUUUAAUUGCCACCUCCAACAGCAUGAAGAAUCUUGCAAAGAACACUGCCUUCACCUUUUUCUAAUUUUCUAAAUGUAUUGCUAGCAAGCACUUCUUGCAGAUGAGAUUUAAUAAAAAUUAAUGCUCGAUGUUUUAA